AUGGACGUGGAAAUUCUUCUGGAGACGGCCGAGGAGCAGUGCAAGCGAAGAAGCCGAGGCCCUCGCAGCCUCUUCGCUAUCUCCUAUCUUACGGUGGCGGAAGAUUGGGACGAAGCUUCGUGCAGUGGGCAGGAGCUGGUCCGCGCGAACCCGCAGAUGUCCUGGGCCAUCGCUCUGUCCCGGCGCUUCUGCUCCAUCGGGCGGCUGCCAGGGCUCCGGAUGAACGGCCACCGUGCCGGCAAGGGACCCCAGGUAAUGGAGAUGGUCUUGCGAAAUCUGGCGCUGCGGAUCAAGGAUCGAGAUGAAGAGACACUGAAGCGCUUCGAGCAGGCCUCGGCAGUGUCGAACACCCAGGACCACGCGGUCGGCACGCGCCUGGUGGUCAGCAUGGCCAAGGAGGUGCUCGAGUGGAGCAAGUCCGGCCCUCUGGGCUUGUGGCUGAAGGAUGCAGAGCUCUAUGCCGGUGAGAAGGGUCGGAAUCAAGCAUCAGCGCUGCUUCGUGCAGCUGCUGACAGCCUGGACGGCGAGGUGCGAGGCCUCGGCCACACGCAGAGCUUCCGGCUUCCGAGUGCUGAGGAUGACAGCCUCCAAGCUGCAGUCGACCGCAGCAUCACGAAAGGUGUGCGCCUGGUGCAUUUCGGCUGCUUCGAGCAGGCGCAGGAGCAAUUGGACGAGGCUCGGCUUAGCCUGGAGCAGCGGCACUUCGCGGCCGAGGAGGUGCGCGAGAGUUUGACGCUCGCAGCUUGCCUGGCCUCCUCGUUGCUGCAGCAGAAGCGACUCUGUCUCCAAUGGACAAUGUCGGUAUAG